AGCUUUUGUUGAGAGUUUCAAGGAGGAACUCAAGAAGCGUGGAGUGUCCAUUGACCAGCUCGGCGACAACCCCUGUACUUGGCAUGCUGUCAAGCUGUUGCUCUCUAAGGACGAGGACGAGGAUGAACCGCCCGCCGUUGCCAGCAAGGGCGUCUUGAGCCUCCCCUUUGAGGUGGUGGGCGAGAUCGGCAGCCAAAUGAGUGUCACGGACCUUAGCAAGAUGCGUUUGGUCAACAAGAGCAUCAAUAAGGCUGUGGCAUUUCCAUACGGUAAGAAGAUUUCUGUUACUGAGAACGUCAUCAUUUAUCCUACUUUUGCGAGCGUUGGAGCGUUUUUGAUUGGACUUGGGGUGGAUGAAGCGUAUCCUGAGACGGUUCGAACAAUCACCUUGAUUGGCGAGGGACCGGCAGCCCCGGAGUUCAGCUACAGCCACUCUUGGGACUAUCUACCCAAGCUCAAGUUCCCCGGCAUGCCAGAGCCAACCGAGGACCAGUGGUACGAAGAUGCAGAGAUCUUGGAGUUCGCCAACGAUGAGCACGAGCACUGGAACCGGGUCAACGAGUUAUUUUGUUACACUGGCGCAUACCGUACCAUGCUCAGCCUCGUACUCGCCAAGCUGCCCAACUUGAAGACGAUUCGGACUCGGAAGCUGUACCCCGGCGAGCACAUCCCUGGUUGGGCCGGCCCGGAGGCUUUGAAGGAGGUCUCGUCGUACCAUCCAUGGACUCCAGUCAACACCAUAUACUAUGGUGACUGGAAGUACGACGAGAAGCACAAGCGAGUCACGAUGUGGACAGACGAGUACGGUGAAGACAUGGAAGAGGAGGAUGUUGGCCCUCAGGUUGGCUUCAGGGAGGAUCUGGCGGCUGCUAUGGUGCUGUCUGGUACUAAGGCUCAGGUCUUCGAAAUGCACAAGGAAUUGGUCUGAUUUGAGAUGGAUAGGGAUGAUACUGGUAACUGGUGUGUAAUGAGUUGAGAUGAUAUGGACAUGACUGCUACAUCUACCCAAUAGUGGGUCCGGAUGGCAAAAUACGAUGACAUUUGCCCAAAAUUCCUAGAAUUUAAGUGACGCCUGAUAGCUACAUU